CCCCCCUGGCCCCGCCCCCAGCACGGUGAAGGCGCCGGAUUUAGAUAGUGACAGUGUUAGUACAUAGCGCGAUAGCGAGAAUUUAUCGACCGGAACAUGGCGCAAAUCCGGGUAUUCAGGGGUGCUGAGGGCCAGCCAGACGAGUGGCUGCUGAUGGAAUUACAGGGGGAAAUCGAAGCUCGAAAUCAAGAUGGACUGGCCGGGAAACUGAUGGGAGAUCUGCACUACACUAAGGAGGGUGUUCCUGUGCUGAUUAUCGGACAUCACAUCCUGUACGGGAAGGUAUCUCGUUUGGAGAAGCCGUUUGCAGUGUUGGUGAAGAGUUGUAGUGUCCCAAUGGAGGAACAUAGAGACACAGAGUACCACGUGACAGCACUGAUAAAGAAGAAAGUCAUCUUUAAAACACGUCCCAAACCCAUCAUCACCAAUGUCCCCAAGAAGGUGUGAGAAGCCGGAUGGUGGCCCUGUAUGGAGCAUAUCUACUCCAGGAGGAAACCCUCAGAAUGUGGACAUAGA